AUGAGCACCGAAGUAGAAUCCGAAUCCAGCCUCAGUAUGGCACAGGAGGCAAGCCCAGACUUAGAAGAGGCUCAACCUGACAUGCUACCGGAAAAUAUGGAUUUCACAACCUCUCCACUUUUUCUCGACUCCGAUUCCUCAGACAUGGUCAUCGUCCACCUCGGAGUCUCUCCAUCGAUGCUCUCUCUGCUCGUCCACCGUCACAUUGUCAGCGAGAAAUCCUCAAUUCUAUCUCUCUUACUCAAUCCCGAAGAAAGUCAACCACCUGAAGAACUUCAUCUCCCCGACGAUGACCCACAAUUGUUCAUCUACCUUCUGAACUACAUUUACACCAACGCCGUCCUGCCCUCUCUCACCCCUUCCAUCGUUACUACCAAAUCUUUAACCCCCGCCACAGCAACCCACACCCCCUCACCCUCUAUCAACGGCCCGACCAAAGACCACUUAAUAAAAACCUUCAAAUCCCUCUCCACCAACCCAACCUACACGCCCUUCCACCGCCCCUUCACCGCCACAAUCCCCACCCGCUCCGCCCUCUGGCAACACCGCAUCGUCACCGACAUCGACUUCUCCACCAUGCAAUCCAAGCUCGUUCAAGGCAUCUACCGGGACCUCCGCUCCAUCGACCGAGACUUCGACCUGAUCUACAACAACCAACUCUCGUUCCACGGCUCCAAACACCAGUACACCGACCUUGCAGACUCGUUCCGGGCUCUGUACCGCGAGAAGACGGCCGAGUUGCGGCCUAAGGGUUCGGAGGGCGAUGGGGGAAGAGGAGUGCUGAAGAUGCCGAAGACGCAUUUACAGCAGCAGUUUGAGAGGAUGGCGGAAUUGGCUGUGGGACUACCCGUGGAGGUGUUGUUAGGGUUGGAGGUAUUGGCUACGAAAUACCAUAUCCCUACUCUGCAGGAUUUAAUCUUGACAUCGAUCCUCUCCUCGCACCUUACCUCCUCGACCUUCCUUACGCUCCCGCAAAUCAAUACUUACUACCCUCUUUCAACCCCCAAUUCUCCCUUACGGAAAUACAUCCUGAAAACUAUCUCUUUCCACCUGUUCAGCAAGACUGCUCUUCCGACCGAUACAAUCGGGGAUCUGAAUAGAACCGAGAAUCUGUAUCAGUUGAUUGCAACGAACGAAGAGUUGGGGAUGGAGGUGUUUGGGAUGUUGAGGGGUCGGGGCGGGAUCGCGUUUGGGGACCCGAGGAAGGGUGGCUUUUGCGAGUUCCACUGUCAUGGUAGGGACGGCGUUUGUGGGCUGGGUGGUGAGGUAUGGAGGGGUGUGGGCAGGAAGAGAGCAGCUGUGGAGAUGGAGGGGUGGUUCUAG